AUUUGAUCUCUAAAAAUAUUAAUAAAUCUCAUAAUACUUAUGAAUCUUAUGAUGCUUAUAAAUCUCAUGAUACUAAUGAACCUCAUGAAACUUUAAUUAGAAAAAGAGCUUCAGAAGAGCCUGUAGAAGAACUAGCUAUGAAAAAGAUCUAUAUUAUCAGCUAG